AUGGAAGAGGACAACGCUGGACAACUUGACAGCGCGAGUAUAGCCGGUCCAUCCACAUCCACAUCCACAUCCACAUCCACACUGCCGCCCAUCAAGCGAAGAUUCAAGCCUACGCUGCACCUCUCCGAGCAGCCCGUCGCUCCACCGGUGGAUCAGCGCAUCCUGGACGAAGCAGCAGCUCAAGCAGCCGCCUCUGCAGCCGGUUUCGAAGGAUUUCGACGCACGCGACGCUUCAAUCAGCGCAGAACGGUCGACUUUCACGCUUCUCAAAGAUUAUCUCGACUGGUGCGAUCUACGCGCACGAAUGCUAGAGCGGACAAGUGUCUGAUGCCCAGCACGAAUCACGUGGUGGACAUUUUGCCGCCGGACAUGUAUGCGCUGGGCAAUGGGUUUGCUGAAGAGGAUGCGGUGGGCAUGGCCGUCACCACGAAUCUGGUGCACACCAGCACAAACAAGAUUCGCUGUCCCGUCAAUGUGGUGUGCUGGCAACCAGAAGGCAGGAGAUUGCUUACAGGUUCCCAAUCUGGCGAAUUCACCUUGUGGAAUGGAUUGACCUUCAACUUCGAGACGAUCUUUCAAGCUCACGAUGCGGCUAUUCGAUCGGUGCAGUAUUGCAAAUCGGGCCAGUUUCUAAUCUCUUCGGAUCAGGGUGGUGUGAUCAAGUACUUUCAAUCCAACAUGAACAACAUCCAAGCCAUACCUGCGCACAGGGAAGCCGUCAGGAGUCUCAGCUUCAGUCCAGACGAUGCCAAGUUCGUCAGCGCUUCCGACGAUUCCACCUUGAAGAUUUGGGCCUUCGAUGAGGCGAGGGAGGAGAAGGUGCUCAAGGGUCACGGAUGGGAUGCCAAGUGCGUAGCUUGGCAUCCUUUCAAAGGUCUGCUCGUCAGCGGCGGCAAGGAUAAUCUGAUCAAAUUUUGGGAUCCAAGGAGCGCGAAUUGCUUGGGAACGUUUCACGCGCACAAGUCCACGGUGCAGCAAGUAGCUUGGAGCAAUUUCGAAGCCAACAUGGUGGCUAGCGCGAGUACGGAUCAGACGGUGAAGCUGUACGAUGUUCGCAUGAUGAAAGAGUACGCUUCGUUCAAGGGUCACCUCAAAGAAGCUUGUUCCCUCGCCUGGCAUCCCUCUCAGCGACAUUUGCUGGUAUCGGGAGGUGGAGAUGGUUCGCUGCUUUAUUGGAGCACCCUAUCCACCGACAACGUUCCAGCUUCAUCUUCUCAAGCCAUCUACGCGCAGGAACAAGCGCACGAUUCGAACAUUUGGUCCAUCGCUUGGCACCCCUUGGGUCAGAUUUUGGCUACUGGCUCCAACGACCACACUACCAGGUUCUGGGAACGAUCUCGGCCGGAAGAUGGAAGGCGAGAAGAGGCGGGCGGUGAUGCGAGUGCGAGU